AUGGCUGCUCCGGUCGUUCCAAGCAGCUUCCAAAUUUACAACUCAUACGUCGAAGAUCCCCAAUGGCAAAUUAAAUUCACCAUAAUCUGGUGCUCUGGCGUCACACUGGCUGUGGCCGUUUCUAUUCCAAGUGUUGUUCUUGGUCUGAGACAUGGGCGUCCCCUCAAGGGAAUCACUGGAAUCUCAGAGACCGAGCCACCGCCUACUACUCAUCGAAGAGGUCGCAGAUUGGUUGGAGCUUGGAAUGCUCUUAUCUCACUGACAUACUGGUCUCCUCCGAAGCUCGGGCUUAAUGUUGGACAAAUUAUAGUUUUAUUGGCGUACCUCACAGCUGUACUCGUCUGCAUCAUAAAGGAUGCACCUCUUAUGUCUAAUCCGAACAGAGCUGGUGAGAUUUCUCGCUCUCGCACAGUCUUUUUGUUCGCAACAAAAAACUCGAUUCUAUCCUUAUUGUUAGGACCAGGGAAUGGCCACGAGAAACUCAACUUUAUGCAUAGGAUGGCGGGAAGAGCUAUGUUUCUUGCCGCAUGCAUUCAUGGGUUCCUGUGGAUCCGCAACCGCCUACAGUAUGGACUUGCAAUUCUUGGCCCGCAGAAAGAGACUUUGGGAGUGGCUUCGCUGGCACUCCUCUGCAUCAUCGUCCUUACGUCUUUGAGGCCAGUCAGGAGACUGUUUUAUGAGUGUUUCUUCAUCAUACACAUAUUGAUAUACGUGGCAUUCGUUGUCGCUAUGUGCUACCAUACGCCGUAUGCAUCACCGUGGAUAUUCCCUCCUCUUACAUUUUGUGGUGUAGAUAUUUUAUUGCGCCUAUUUCGCUAUCGAAUCAAGGCCGCCACACUUACUGCACAGGGCACUCACAUGACUAUGAUCCGCGUUCAUAAUUGCGACGAUGGCUGGCUUGCUGGCCAGCAUGUCAGACUGCGUGUUCUCUUCUCCAGCAGAGGCGACUCGGGUGCUUUCGUUCAAGUCAUACUGGAUGGUCCUUAUGGAGGGUCAAGCGUUGAUCUGGGUCUGUACGAAAGCGCGUUUCUUAUAGCCGGGGGGUCUGGUAUUACAUUCACUCUCGGUCUGCUGGACGACAUCGUCGGCAGGUGUGUCAGACUAGGCCGCAGUCAGGGAGAACGAACGAGGAGAAUUGAGUUCACUUGGUGCAUCAGAUCUUUUGAAUGGUUUGUACCGAUACUGAUAGAUAUUGCCACGGCAGCGUCGAAUAGCACCGUAGAUCUGCACACUUCUGUUUUCAUAACGUGCUCUCAGGCUUGCGAUCCAGAAGCGGUACUUCAUAUCCCCAACUCCAUCGUCACACUUUCGCGUCCGGCUGUCCAUAAUCUUCUCAGGGACUUCAUCAAAAUUAAUGGAGUCGCGGUCUGUGCUAGUGGCCCAGAGAGCUUGACGAGAGAUGUGUAG